GUGGCCAUGAAGAAGGCCGUCCACAAAAGCGUUAAGGAAAGACAAAUCGGCCUCAAGGUCAAGCCAUCUGUACACAACUUGAGCAAAACUCUGCAGACCAAACUCACUGUGGGCAGCCUGGGAUUAGGCCUGAUCAUCAUCCAGCAUGGGCCCUACCUUCAGAUCACCCACCUCAUUAAGAAGGGGUCUGCAGCCAGGGAUGGAAAACUCCAGCCAGGAGACUGUGAUGUUUUGAUUAGUGUUGGCUAUGCCAAUGUGUUAGGAUAUACUCUUCGAGAAUUUUUAAAGCUUUUGCAACAUAUCACCAUAGGAACAGUGCUACAAAUCAAGGUUUACCGAGAUUUUAUUGACAUACCCCAAGACUGGCAAGAAAUAUAUGAUUUAAUCCCUGAGACCAAAUUCCCAAUUACACGCACAACAAAGAAAACUGAGGAGGCAAAAGAUGACUCUUUCACAAGCAGUGAUGACAAUGAAGAUGCAGUUUUAGAUAAAAGACUGUACUAUAAAUAUCCACAGUCCACUGGGCAUUACCUUGCAAGGAGACCGAUGUCUAUCUCCAGAGAAUGGCAUGGAUAUAAGAAGAACUGUACUUUUAGUGUAGGAAAAGACAGUAACUGUGACGUAAUGAUUCACAGAGACCAGAAGAAUGAAGUGAGAGCCGCUUCUCCAUACUGGACAAUUGUGAAGCAAGACAACGAAAGCUCGGCCUCCUCUACCUCAGAUGCAUUUUGCCUUGAAGACUAUGCCCAUGUUGAAAAGGGCAAGAGUAAGAGUGAACCUGUAUCAAAAGUUGGUUAG